ACUAGUAAAACUAAAAGGAUUGAGGUAGAUAAAUUCUAUGAAAAACUGAGAACGAAAUCUGAGAGACAAUGAGCUGGUCAAGUUGCCAUGGAAUACCCCAGUUACACUCAAGUAAUUGAGUUUUCGGAGAUGGGUAUAACAUAAAAAUGUUAUCGAAUCCCGGAGUUGACGAAUACACUGUGGGCUGGAACCUGAAACUGGGGAACAUUGAAUGCAGGUCGAGUCAAUUCUCCAGAUGAAAAAUGCGUGGUAUAUUCGAAUGUAUCGUGUGAAAUUUUUGGCUGGACGUAAUUAGAUUUCAUGUUGCAUACUAUUUAAAAUUGUUAGUUUACUAUUACGUCCUUUACUCUUUAGUGGUGUGCCAUUCCGGCCCGUCCGGUUCGAGCCUGUGAGCUUGAAAUUUUAGAUGUUUGUUGUCUUCGGACGGCACAAACCCCUUAAUUUUUUGACCUUGGGACAUGUGAUUGUGCGAAUUUCAUAUGGGGAAUAUAUAUGGUGGGAUUACACAUAUUCAACAUGAAGGACACCACUCAAUUCGUUGAGGGGAAAUGCUAAUUACAAAAAUUAGAGAAACGCGAAAUGAAUAGGUCUCUGUAUUUACUACUAUGUUUAGGGAAUGCUUUACAGAACAGAUGACAAUCGAAAAACUUGAAACAUCAAUUAUAAUUAGAAGGAAAACAAAAUUUAACCCAUAAUCAUAAUAAAUUUCUGUAAGUCUCAAGAGAAAAAUAAGAAUGCUGGCCAAAUUGAUAAUAUUUUUCUCAUUGAAACAUUGAAAUGAGUCCACUAAAACUAUCAAAAAAUUCGCGAAAAGAGGCAAAUCCGUAUAGAGAGAGAUUGAUCGGAAAUUGGAAAGAGGAUCAUCCUGUCAAGUGUACGCAAUGCCACAAAUUUCAUGGGGACAAUCAGAGUCGUGAGGAGAGUCAAUUAGUGGAGGCAAAGACAUCAGAGGAGACAUUCAGUGAGGCUAAUUCCGCAGGGAAUACCGAGGACGAGUAUUCAUCAAUCAGGGGGAUGCAAGAGGGGGAGUAUCAAUCAAUAUCAUACCCUUGCCGAAGAAUGAAAACAUACGCAGAAGUAGUGCUGGCAAAACUGAAGGAGCUCCAGUGGCGUCGCGAUCUCCUGGAACGUCAUUAUACCAGCGGAGUUAAGAAAAUAAUGAAUGAUUACUUUUUCUGGGAUGGGAGGAGUCCCAACGGUCAGGCGAUGAUUGCACCGGGAAAUGAAGAACGCAUGAGAGCUGGUGGAAUGAAAAAAAAUCAAUCCUACGGGGUACGCUUGGAAUGCGGUUGUAUUCACAAUUGUGAUAGAACUCGACAGAAAAUUUUAUCAAAUUCAGCCCACAGCCCAUCAACAUCAGCUAAUUAUUCCAGCGAAUGCAAAGGGAGGUGUCCUUCGAGAUCCGAAGCUGUCCGUUCUUCCUGAAAUACUGCGUUAUUUUAUUUUUCUU